UUCAAAGCUUUUGGCACUUCAGAGAAUAUUCCUAUCAGCUUUGGUCUGUCUAAUUCACAGCUAUUUUUAUUCCACUACAUAUUUAGAUAAAAGUCUCCCAUUACAGAAUUCUGUUCAAAACAUUUCGGUCCCCUCGUCUGAAUGGGUGAGAGCAGAAGGGAGGUUCACGCUUAAAAUCCUCACAAUUUCACAACCCGUCUACAGUCGGUUGCUAAUCACGGUGCUCCAUCGUCAGAAAUGACUUCCAUCUUUUUUUCAUGCAAAAUGAAGCACAUUAGCAUAUUUAUGGGCUGAGAUAUAACCAAUCGUGUACAAUGUGCUACAUGGAUCUUGCAUUCAGGCAUCAAGCGAAGAAACAAACAGCUUCUGACAUGUGAAGAAAAUGUAAUAUUCAAGAGCUCUGUGCACUUAAACACAUGCACUAAAAUAAGUGCUCUCGGAGGAGAUGGAGGAGCACAUGAGUUAGUUUUCCAGCUAAGGUUUAUGCUUGUAUCUGCGAGAAAUCAACCAAAAAGUCUUCAGUUUAAACUGCUGUGUUGCUGCUUUCACAUAAAUGACAUAUUCUUAAGAAUACGACUGUUGGCCAGAUCAGCCGGAAAGCAUCAGUUGAUGUCAAAUCCAGAUCUCUCAAAAUGGAGAAUUUGGAUGAACUAGAACAUCCAUUAUUGGGCGACAGCCCCAAAAACUCAAGUGGUGGUGGACUGUUCAAAGGCAUAUUGAUGAGGAACGAGGAGGACAAAAGACUGCCCCCUCUGGACUGGAGGAAUUAUUGCAGUUCUGCAGAUAUUCAACAGCAUCAGCUACUGGAUCCGUGUUCAUUGCCUAGCACUCUAGAGACUCUUUAUCCUCCUACUACUAUUUGGGCCGCCGCUGACUCCCUGGGCAUCCACAGUAAGGAGUAUCUGGAAACCACCUUUGUGGACAUUGGUCCUGGUUCACCAUUGGAAAGGAAGUUGCUUGCAGAGACAAGAGAUGUUCAUAGUGUGUCCUACAGCAUAGAAGAUGGGGACGACCUUUUGCCAGACUUUGAGGACUCCUCCAGCGAUGACUUCAGUGACACAGACAGUGAGAGCAACUUUCCCAUCAUGAUCCCUCAAGAUUACCUGGGCCUGGCUUUCUUCUCCAUGCUCUGUUGUUUCUGGCCUCUGGGCAUUGCUGCGUUCUAUCUUUCCCAAAAGACAAACAAAGCUUCAGCACAAGGAGAUUUCCAAGGUGCCAGCGCAGCAUCUCGGCAGGCUCUGUGGCUCUCCGUCCUCUCCAUCGUCUUCGGCAUCAUCACUUACAUCUGUGCCAUCGCUGCCCUGAUCUCCUAUCUGUCCGGGAAACCACCCUAAAGACUAUCCUCUCUCCAAUCUUCCAGAAACACACCUCCCUGAUUCCUCAUCACACGAACCGCUGCUCUUUACAUACUCGCACUCAUCGACAUCUGUAAUAAGUACAUCCGUU